AUGCCAUCUUCAAAAAGUGAGAAAUAUUCAUUAAUUACAAAAAAUACCGGAUCAAAAUCAAUUACACCAUCCGAUAUUUUCUUAUUUAUACCGAAUCUUAUUGGAUAUCUUAGAAUAAUAACAGCUAUAAUAUCAUUUUUAUGUAUGUAUUUCAAUUUACAAACUUUAACAUUAAUAUUUUAUGGAAUAUCUGGAUUUCUUGAUGCUUUUGAUGGUUAUGCGGCAAGGAAAUAUGAUCAAGGUACAAAAUUUGGUGCUGUUUUAGAUAUGGUAACUGAUAGAUGUGCAACAAGUUCAUUAAUUGUUUAUUUAAGUUUAUUAUAUCCUAAAUUAAUUGUUAUAUGGCAAUUAUUAAUUAGUUUAGAUUUAAGUUCUCAUUAUAUGCAUAUGUAUGCUAUGUUAUCAGAUGGUAAUAAAAGUCAUAAAAAUGUUGAUCAAUCUCAAUCUUAUAUUUUAAAUUUAUAUUAUACAAAUAGAAAUAUUUUAUUUUUAGUUUGUGGUUUUAAUGAAUUAUUUUAUGUUGCUUUAUAUUUACAUUAUUAUAAUUGGUUUUGGUUAGGUACUUUUAUGAUUUUUUUAAGUUUACCAAUUUGGUUAUUUAAACAAAUUGCAAAUAUAAUUCAAUUACAAAAUGCAUCUUUAAUUUUAGCAAGAUCUGAUGCUGAAGAACAUUCAAAAAAGAAGUCAGUUUAA